CUGACACACAGUAUGAUCUCAUAAGCUAACACUGUAAUUUCGAGGUAUCAGAUCGAAUCGACCUGUAUCCCUUAUGUAUACCAGUAUUUCCUUGUGUAUACCUGUAAUUCCUUAUGUAUACCUGUAAUUCCUUGUGAACAUCUGUAAUUCCAUAUGUAUACCUGUAAUUCCUUGUGUAUACCUGUAAUUCAUUAUGUAUGCCUGUAAUUCCUUGUGUAUACCUGUAAUUCCUUAUGUAUGCCUGUAAUUCCUUAUGUAUACCUGUACUCCUUGUGUAUACCUGUAAUUCCUUGUGUAUACCUGUAAUUCCUUAUGCAUACCUGUAAUUCCUUAGGUAUAAUUCCUUAGGUAUACCUGUAAUUCCUUAUGUAUACCUGUAAUUCCUUGUGUAUACCUGUAAUUCCUUAUGUAUAUCUGUAAUUCCAUAUGUAUACCUGUAAUUCCUCAAAGAUUGAAUGAUCUUCAUCAAUCAAGCUAACUGUACAAAAAAGAAGUUUUCAAAGAUUGAGUGGAUGGAAUGUGCGAGUGCUGUGUAAGAACUGUAUCCUUUCAUUUCUGAAUCUAUAGACUUACAAAGUCUGUUGAGAUCAAAGAAUCUGUAAUAAUGUUAAUUUCUUUCUUCAUACUGACAUUGAUGUUUUCUCAGAAAACUAUUUUCUCUCUAGGCUCAUCUCAAUUUAGAUUCAAGAAAGUGCUAUUAAAGAGGAUUUUAUAGUAGAGAUAUUUGUUUUCAAGGACUCUAAGGACUGAUGCCAGUCUACUGAAUCCAUAUUGAAUAUGAAGAAAAAAUGCCAUGUACCUUCUGCAUAGGCGUAGGAAGCCGGGGGACCACCCCCCCCCCCCCCUCCAAAGCUAGGAUGGCGAUGGGUGGCGAACUAUAGUUUGGUCCCCCAAUAUUUUGGAAAAGAGAUAUAACUUGCAGUCUAAUAUAACAUUUAUUUAGUAUCAUAUAGAAUCUGUUGGGUUGUCAAAAUGGUAUACAAAUGAGUUAUAUUCUUCUGAUAUUAGCAAACUGAAUUGAACAAAUCCAUCACCGUUUAAAAGUACAUGUAUUUGAAUAUGCGGCAUGUGAAACGUUGCAAUAUUGAACUUUUUUACAUUUGUAUUUAAUCUUGAUACAUUUAUAUUCUAUACUUAGUAUGUACGCAGGUUUGUUUAAAGGUCCAAUACUAAGGAAAGUGAACAUUUUAAUUUCUUUUAAAAAGCACAGAAACUAUUUCAUUUUAUUGGAAAAUGAAAGUUGGUAUGUAGAAAUUCGAAAUAAAUCGCAGUAUAUGUACAAUCAUUUUUCUAUGAAGUAUGAAGAAAGUUAAAAAAACCUGGGGGGUCAUUCUGUCGAUUCAUUGAAAUUUCAUCAUAAUACACAUACAUUUCUUUGAGUUCCAAAGACAUUCUGUAAAUUUUGACCUGCCAAUCUUCAUUAUUUCGUGUCUUGCAGAAGUCUAUGCACUGGCUAUGAAAAAACUUGCCUGCUCACUUUCCCUUAGUGAUGGACCUUUAAUAAGCGGUGAUUUGUAUUGUAUAUUGUUUAUGUAUAUUUUUUGUGUUUUCCCAUUUGUAUCUAAUAAUUAGAUAUUUAUAUUUCAUCUUAUUGUUUUUUUUUCUAUUUUCUAUGAUUUCUUAUUUGUACUUAAUGAUUAAUGAUUUAUAUUGUAUUUUGUUUAUCUAUAUUCCGUGUGUUUGUUAUUUUUUUUGUUCAAAUGCUAAACAUAAUUAUAUUAAUAAAGCUUUCCAUCUGAUGUGAAAGGUUAAACUGUAGGUUGUAGAAUACGAAAACAAGAUUGUACGUACGUACUAUCCGGUCAAAAAGUAAUGCAAAUUUUAUUUUUACUUUAGUCACAGUGUGGCUUUAGGCACUCUCCAUUGUUUGUCUUGUACGGGUGAUUGAAUAUCGUGAUUUGGACAUCACGAUUGUUUUGGUCAGUGUCAGACAGGUCAGAUGUAGGGCAGUUCCACGGGUAUAUAUACCCAUACGCUGGCAUGUUGCUACACACUUCAGAAAGCUGCACAAGGCAAAAGUUUCGAGAUGCAUCUUAAGCUGGUAGUUAUCGUGGUGUUUUGCUUGAUCCUGGCAGCUUCGGCAAAGCCAGCGAAAAAACCAGGCGGAAAAGGAAAGAAGGGCGAUAAAGGUUCUAAGGGAGGCCUUGAAAAGCCUCUUGUGAAACUAUGCGAUGGCCUUGACAGCGGUGAUAUCACUAACACUGACACAGACUACGACGGUGUGUUUACCGACCUCGAGCCAGUGUGUGACGACCUUCUAGAUUAUGUAGAUUCGCAAACGGAAGAGGGAAAUACCGACGGCGAUGUCUCAGUACAAGAUGUAAGACUUUUCUUUUCAUCUUUUAUCAUUAUCAAUAAAAUUAUUAUUUCAUCAUCACCAUCAUCAUCAUCAUCAUCUGGUUCAGCAGGUAACUAAAUUAUGCAGAAUUAUGAUGGAAGAGGU